AUGCGUGGUAGCUAGCGGAGAAAUCUCUGGAGAGCGGCACACGAGAACUCAAAAUACUCAAACUUAAAUAACUUUAACGUUAAAAGUUAUUUAACGUUCAUUGUUUGAGUCGCGGCUAUUGUUUUUAAAAUGCACUGCCUAAAACGUCUACGAACGAGUAAUUCUGGAGUUUUACAACUGCUUAAAUAUGUGGUUAAUUCAUCGCGAGUUGGUGGUGACAGCAAAGUCAUAUUCAGGAAGGAACAGCCUGUCCAGCUGUUCUGUGUGAGUGCAGCAUCACACAUACAGCAGCCUUUCCAUAGUCAAACUGAGUUGGAUCAAGCUGUUUUGGACAUGGACCAUGGAGACUUAAGGAACAAGCUGGUGUCUGGACUAGAGGACCUGCUCUUCUACACCAUCACUGAGGGCAAAGAAAUGAUCCCUGUCUCCAAGUUCAUCUCUGCGCUGAAGAGUACAGGUUUGUUGACAUCCGACCCUCGGCUGCGUGACUGCAUGGUACAGCUACGCAAGACCACGCGUGACUCCAGCGGACCUGUCAUGAUGGACCAGGAGUUAUUUAGGAAGUGUGUUGGCAAUAACAUCAUCCUACUGACGCAGGCCUUCAGGAGAAAGUUUAUCAUCCCAGACUUUGAGGAGUUUGUAUCUCACAUUAACCAGCUGUACUACAGCGCCCAGCAGCAGGAAGGGGGGCAGGUAGCAGAUUACAUUCCUCAACUGGCCAAGUUCAGUCCUGAUCUGUGGGGAGUGUCUCUAUGCACCGUGGAUGGCCAGAGACAUUCAGUGGGUGACACCAAGGUUCCAUUCUGUCUGCAGUCAUGCGUGAAGCCCCUGGAGUAUGCCAUUGCUGUGCACGAGGCUGGCACUGAGCAUGUUCACCGCUACGUGGGCAAAGAGCCCAGCGGACUCAAGUUUAACAAACUGUCACUGGAUGAGGAAGAUAAACCACACAACCCCAUGGUGAAUGCUGGAGCUAUAGUCAUAAGCUCUCUCCUGAAGCCUGGUGCAAAUACGGCUGAGAAGUUUGACUAUGUCAUGGAAUUCUUAAAAAGAAUGGCUGGUUCUGAGUAUGUGGGCUUCAGCAAUGCCACAUUUCAGUCAGAGAAGGAGACUGGUGACCGAAAUUUUGCAAUCGGUUAUUACCUUAAGGAGAAAAAGUGCUUUCCUAACAAUGUAGAAAUGAUUGCAGCCCUUGAUUUCUACUUCCAGCUCUGCUCCAUUGAGGUGACAUGUGAGUCAUCCAGCGUCAUGGCCGCCACCCUGGCAAACGGUGGAAUCUGUCCAAUCACAGGGGACCGUGUUCUGAGCGCUGAGGCUGUGCGCAACACCCUCAGUCUCAUGCACUCCUGUGGAAUGUACGACUUCUCUGGCCAGUUCGCCUUCCAUGUGGGUUUGCCGGCCAAAUCUGGCGUGUCAGGGGCAGUGCUGCUGGUGGUUCCCAACGUUAUGGGAAUGAUUUGUUGGUCUCCACCUUUAGAUAAAGUCGGAAAUAGCGUUCGAGGCAUUCAUUUCUGCCAAGAACUGGUGUCCCUCUUCAACUUCCACAACUAUGACAACCUGAGACACUUUGCAAAGAAGCUGGACCCUCGACGACAGUCAGAUGAUGAUCGGAACAAGUCUGUGGUGAAUCUGAUGUUUGCUGCCUACAGUGGAGACGUCUCUGCCCUGAGGAGAUUUGCCCUCUCUGCAGCCAACAUGGAAGAGAGGGACUAUGACUCUCGCACAGCUCUGCAUGUAGCUGCAGCUGAAGGUCAUGUUGAAGCAGUGAUCUUUUUAACUGAGACUUGUAAGGUAAACCCCCAUGUCAAGGACAGGUGGGGAAACAGCCCCAUAGAUGAUGCCAUUCAGUUUGGCCGGGAUAAUGUGGUGGCAGUCCUGCAGGAGUACCAGCGCAUGUACCCACGCAGCCUGCCCCAGGCAGACUCUGAAGACCAGGCCAAACCACUGCUGUUGGACACACUGAAAGUUGUGGUUUGAGAAAGAUAAUACAUGCGUGUACAGAUUGAUUGUAUUGAAUAUAUGAGGUCUUAUGCACAGAGAGCCGUGAGAAGGGUUUAGUUGAUUGUAUGUUAUCAGGUAACACAUGUACUGUAUGUCGAACUGUUAAGGUCCUCAUAAGGCUGCACCUUGAGGGACCUAACAUAAAUAGGGAACGUAUCCCUUUUGCUGCACAUACAAGAAAUGGUUGAAGAAUGCCAAAUACCAACAUAGCACUGCAUAAGAUUAAGGCUGUGACAGGUGGUCGGCUGCUAGUCAGGAAGAACAUGGUUUAGGCUAUGGUAACUUCACCCAACCCUGGGUGGUCAGUUUUAUUUAUUAGUACAUAAAGCUCAAAGCUUGUAAGAUGAAAUGCCACUGUGAUGCAUAUUUUCUGUAUAUAUGGUUUGUGUUUUAUUUUUGUAAUUUUAAAACAAAUCUAAGCCAAUGCUUAAAUUAAUCAGAGACAAUCAUUUUAUUUGUCUUAUUUUACACCACCAGUGCACCCAGAAACAACAUUCAGGCUGUAAGUACUACUGCACAGUAGUUACAAAUAAAGAUAGAGAAAUCAGGUAUCACCACUAUAUUUCCAUAUGAAUCUACCUCAACUGGAAAUACUUAACUCACUUUUGAGUUUCUUAAGCUCAAUCGACAGACUCAGAGUAUUUUUCAGGAAACUAUUCAAAGGUUUGAGAAAUGGCACAACUUUGUCUAGUCUUUGGUGUGAAUAUAUUUGUACAUGAAUUGGUUUUGAUUGAUUUGUUUAUUACUGUGACACAUUACGCCCAGUAUAUGUUGACGCACAGCAAGUACAGAGGGCAAAAUAAGAUGUGAUACAAAUCUUUAUUUAACACGUGACAACUGAGGAGUAUAUUCAGACAAUUUAUAUCCAGUUUUGAAGCAAGUUUGUCAGUUAAAUGUGCCUUGUUUAUUCACAUUUUAAAUCAAAGAUAUUGAGAUGCUUUCUUACACGUUGCUUCAAAGCCCUUUUAACUCAACUUUGGCUCUUGUGCUGAUGUUCUUAUUCCUCAGGUUCAACUGUGAGUGAGCUUGAACUCCUUAAUGUGAAAUGUGUUGUUAUAUUAUAUUGUAAAUAAACGAAGUUAAACAUGA